UAGAAUACAGGGCCUAGUAAAUUACUUCUUCUUGCAAUGGAUGAUGAAGAUUUAAUUGUUGGUGGUGAAGAUUUAGAUUAUGAAGAAUAUGACUUGGAUGAAGAAGAAGAGAAAGCACUUCUGGAAGAAUCAGUAGAGGAACAGAUUGAAGAAGUUGAAGAAGAACAUGAGAUGAUUGAUGGCUCAUCUCUGCAUCAUGAAAAUGGACCUUUUAAUGACCCAAAUGCUGGGGCUUAUGUAACUGGAGAGUUCACUGAAGAUCAAGUUCAAGAUGAUGGCAGCAAUUGUCAUUACAAACCUGAUGAUAUUAAUGGUGAUGCCUUCUUGGCUUCUGACUCGGCUCACAAUGACUAUGCUGCCCCUGACAUGGAAGAACAACCCUCAAAUGCCAGUGUCCAUUCCCGCCUUCAACCAGCUACAUCUACUCAUACAGAUGUUGCAGAGUUGGAGUUUGAAGCUGGAGGAGAAGAAGAGGAGGAAAAUGAUGGUGAGGAAGAGAGUGGACGUGACCGCUUCAAGAGUGAGCGAGUUGAUGGUAGCACACGCAUCUCUCUUCGCAGCAGCUCCACUGCCCAACGUGAAAUUCCGGACUCCCUUGAUGAGGUGGUGACAGCGCCAGUGCCAGAACGCUUCCAGCAGACCCGGGGUCGGGAGAGAGGGGCGCGUGGGGGACGUGGGCAGCAGAUGGGCCGUGGACGAGGCCACCCCCAGCCCAGGCCUUCAUUUCAUGGCAGUCCUGUUAUAAGUAUAUGGGCUGGAACUUUAUUGGACAGCACGAUGGGAGGCAUGCGAGGCAUGAUGCCCCGAGCGCCCUUCAGUAUCGGGAUGCCCGUAGGUCCUGUGAUGAGGCCAUUCAUGGCCAACGGCCCCCGCCUCCCUAUGGGGGCUCCAGUGAACAUGCUUCGUCCUGGAGUUGCGGCCUCCAUAGCUGGGCCCUUGGCAGGCCGCAUGGGCCCCCCAAUGCACCCCAACAUUGGCCCCGCCAUGCAGGGCAUGGGCCCACAUGCCCUCAUGCACAUGCAUAAUGCACAGCAGCAAAUAUCCAGCCUCAUGUCGCCUCAACUGAGAGGCAUGAACAACAUACAACAGUCAAGGAUGUUCAAUAACAAUAACAAUUUAAACCAAAAUCAAGCCAGAAUGAUGAAUAACAAUCAACCAAGAAUGAGUAACAACAAUAUGAAUAAUAGAAAUAACAACAUGAAUAACAACCAGGGAAGGAUGUUGGUAAAUAAUAAUAACCAAAACAACAGUAGGCUCAUGAAUCAAGCAAGUUACCGACUUGGUCCUGCACCAAACAACAAGCCAGCUGCCAUUAACCAAGCCUCUGCUAAACCUAAUACAACUACAAACACUUCAUCAACCAAUCAGAAACUAGUUGGAAACCAAACCUCAACCAAUCAGAGUAAAGUUCCUAUUGGUUCUUCAACCAUUCAGAGAGUAACUGGAAACCAAACCUCACCCAAUCAGAAUAAAGUUUCUAUUGGUUCCUCAACCAAUCAGAGUAAAGUUUCUAUUGGUUCUUCAACCAAUCAAAGUGCAGGUGUGACAUCAAGUAACCAGGAGCCAGGGUCUCGUCUCAAGCCCCCGCCAUGUGUUGGUGCCGGGGCGCCCAAAACUGUUAAGCUGGGACCAGGUGUUGCCGUGAAGCGGCUCUCGUCUACCUCUACAGAUGAAGGUCCUGCAGCCAAACAGCUCAAGACUGCCGCGCCAACUGUUCCCAGCUCUCCUGCAGUGGUUAAGAAAGUGUCCGUUCACAGCCGCCUCGGUACCAUGAAAACGACCGAACCUGCCACCACUGCUGACGAUAAAAACUCAGUUGCUGGCACUCAGUCGCCAGGCUCGGACUACGAGCACAAGCUCGCAGCUCAAAAGGCUGCGCGCGCCGAAAUUCUUGCUCGUAAAGAAGCCAAACGUAAACAACAGCAAAGCGGUAAGCAACAGAACCAACAGCAAGGCCAACAGAAUCAGCAGACUCAACAGCAAGGUCUACAGAAUCAGCAAAAACAGCAACCCGGGCAGCUGCCAAGUCAACAGAAGCAACAGCAACAGCAAGCUGGGCUGAAACCUCCUGCUGCUGCCACAACUUUCGCUGGUCAGAAGCAGAAGAUCGCAGUUCUGACAUCUUCUUCUGCCGCGCUCAACGAGUCUGCCGUCCAGAAAAGACUUAAAACCAUCCAGCAGAACCGCCUGGGCAACUACCAGCAGCCGGACUGUGUCUUAACUGGACAGCGUGCUUCUCUAGCCCAGCUCACGUCACACAAACUACCGAUCCAGCAGAGGCAACCAAUCCAGCAAAACCAACAGAGGCAACCAAAUCAAAUGAAUCAACAGUGGCCCGCAAUGCAACAAAAUCAACAGAAACAAACCACUAUGAUGAUUGAGAAGCCGACAGUUCAACAGCGACUGCAAGCUUUGCCGGUUGCUGCUAACCGGGGCCGCUUAGCUUCAGGCGGUGGUCGUGGCUCUGUAAUGGGCCGGGGGGCGCGCGGGGGCGGUAGCGCCAUUACCGCCCCCCGCUUCUCAGGACCGCCCCCCUCGUCGGGGGUCAUCGGACGUCUUGGGGUCGACGUCCCGCCCCCCGACGUGUUCCCCCACCGACCCCCUCCCUCCGCCGUCGGUAGCCGGCCACCCCCACGAGGCCCACCGCCCCCCAACACCUCGGGGGGCAAUGCGGCCCACAGAGCGCCUGAUGUCAUGGUUCCUCCUCCGAAUGUGGUCGGCGGUUCUCCUUACGGCCCUCCCCCUCAUCCUCACAUUAAUCCCCACGUUCCUCCCCCUCGCUUCUCCCAACCACCACCUCCUUCCCCAGCUUCCUCUUUCACACAACCUCCACCAGCGCUUAACCACCCACCACCACCAUCUGCGACUGACAGAUGGACAACCGAAUCAUAUACUGCUGCUGGUGACUCUUCAACUUACGACUAUCAGUACGACAACUCUUUCAACAACUCCUACAACAACUACGACAACUCGUACACUACUGAACCACCACCACCCCAUACACAUCUCCCACCCCCACCACAACCUCAACCACAAUCCUAUAGUGAAAACAUCCUUCCCAGUUACGAAUACGAUAACAGCAAUCGUGAUGAGUACUCUUACGAGUCGACCAAUACAGAGUCCCGUGAGUAUGGGACUUCACAGUAUACUGAGUACGGCAACGAUAACUCAUUAUACGGGCAACCUCCUCCUGUAGAGACCGCAGGACGCGUUGUUCGCAACCAAGGACUUCGGUCUCGUCUAGGAGGUUCCGGUGCAUCGGUGCAACAGUCCGGUGAAGCCUUGGGCCGCACCCAACCCAUCCCGACGGUCUCCAGCCUACGCACGGCGUCUCCUGCACGCGCGCCAUAUACUACGCCGCAGGAUCCCUACUACGACCAGGGGCGUAAGGCUCCUAGUGCACCGCAGUACCCAGCCACCGGUGCCCAGUACUCUGCCAGCGGUGCCCAGUACCCAGCUAGCGGCGCCCAGCACUCGGCCAGUGGUGCCCAGUACCCAGCCGGCGGUGGUCAAUAUCCAACAGGCAAUGCCCAGUACCCAGCCAGCGGUGCCCAGUACCCAGCUAGCGGCGCCCAGUACCCACUUUACCAGGCCGCUGCCCCACCUCCCACCAAGGCAGGCGCCAGCGUCAGAGGAGCGGCCAAGAAGCAGCGCUUCAGGAAAGUGACUCGCAGGUCGACGAAUGGAGAGAUUCUGUUCAUCAAGAGGAUCCCCCUGGAUGAUAACGGCAUGCAGAACGGUGAAGCUAUCAUCGAGUUCGAGAAGGGCGACAUGGAGACCGCGCCGCCCCCCGCCGCCCCCCGACGCACUGUCACGCGCACCGUCGUGCGCACCACUCCGCGCUUCAACUAA